AUGAGCACCCCGAUUCAAGAGAACCCCAGCAAGCAAAAGGGUGAGCAGGGUUGUGAGAGGGACCGGUUGAAGUUCGUGGCCCGGGGCUGCCUGGAGGAGAGCGGCUGGGUCGACGUCGUCCAGGAGCUUUGUCGCGCCCACCUGCGCACCGACCCCUCCUUUCCGCUUGGGAGCCUCGCGGAGGCCGUGCGCCCUGCAGCCCGCGCCGCGGUCCCCGAUCACGUCAAGGCCACGGUGCUGAAGGUCGUGCGUGCCAGCAUCUGCCCCACCGACGACUCCUAG